GGUGAACAUGCGAGAGAGCCUAAACACAACAUGAAAGUGUGAGUUUUGUGCACGCGCGUAUAACAAAAAGAAAGGGGGAGGGUCGACUUCUCUUUUGUGUGUACGCGAAAUUCAGUAACUCGCGGCGUGCACAGGACACGGCUUGUAGAGGAUGUGAACGCGCAACGGUAAGGGAGCGUGCAGCACUAAGAAAAGGCUAAUGACAACGGGAACAAGGAAGAUACUAGAGGUUGCAGUGUGUUUUAAAUGAAAAUGGUGGUUCCUGAAAAUACUACAAUUUCACAGCAACUGGACAAAGCGUUGGAGUGUGAGAGGGGACUGGAUUCAGUAGACUGCAGUUCUUUGCUAGUGCAAGAAGUCCAGUCUGAGCCAGGUGGCCUGGAACUAGAAGAAGUUCGGAAGCUACAGGAACUAGUGAGGCAGUUAGAAAUUCAGGACCAGCAGCUCCGAAACCGCAGUAGUUGUGUUGUGAACAAGAGCCUGCUUGGGGCAAAUACUAGCAGCAUUAAUGUUGGAUUUGGUAACUUGAAAGCAGAUAAGAGUAAAGUCCUUCACAACAGCAUUAACACCAAGUGGGAGGAACAAGAACGGCAAGUGAUGAUGGACAUCCAGAAUAAAUUGGGUUGCAUUAGGUCUUCUGAAAAAGAGAACAGUGUGGUUAUAACAACAGAGCCUGAAAAGCGAGUGCUGUGUAGCAGUAUUGCUUCAGGGGACAUGUCUCGUAGCUCAGAACCUGUGAAUAGUACAGACACACCCAGUGAUGGAAUAAUAAGCAAUUACCUGUGUCUGGAUGGCAUUGCUUGUACCAAGUCUGUGGAGGAUGCACUUUGUUCAGAAAGUGAUUCUGUAGUGAGAACACGACAGUCAGAUGUGCCAAGUGACAGCAGUGUGGAUUCUCUAAUGGACAAAUCAGCACUGGAUGAAAUUGAACUCCUGGAUCUUGACAACUGUAGUGAAGAUGAGGAAGACCAGUGGUUGUAUAUCUCUCCUAAGAAGCAACCUCCUGCUGAAUUGAGGGAAGACAACCCCUUAAAAUGGUGUCGACAGAUCCUUGAUCAUCCAAGUCCAGAAACAGAAGCCACCUGCCGAACUUUUCUGACCAGACUUGACCAAGCCAGCAGUAGGUGGAGAAGCCUGUACUGCAGUUCUGUGGCAUCACCAAGUGUUUGUGGCUCAAACUCAGAUGUGAGCACCUGUAGCAAUGCGCUUAACUCUCCUGGGUACCUCAAAUCGACUAACAAGGCAGUACUAACCAGUGGCAGUACAGGUUAUUUAAGUAUGCACUCUGCUCUGAGCUCACAAUCUUCCAUAGAUAGUGAACUUAGUACAUCAGAUGACUCCAUCUCAAUGGGGUACAAACUCCAGGACUUGACCGAUGUUCAAGUAAUGGCUCGUCUACAGGAAGAAAGCCUGCGACAGGAAUGUGCUAGUUCAGCCUCAGUAUCCCGGCGAAGCUCAAGUGCCUCUCUGAGCUCCCUAAGGAGGGGAACUUACAGUGACCAGGAAUUUGACACCUACAGUCUAGAAGAUGAAGACGACUAUGACUGUGCUGUCUCCUGUCGCAGUGCACAUAGAUACUCCCCAUCUCCGCUAAGUUCACCACGUUGUCCAUCACCUACUACAGUAGGAGAUAACAAAGGGUCUGCAUCUCGUAUACGUCCACCACGAAGGUCACUGCAGGGGCCUACACCAGAUCUCAUGUCUUUUUCAACAGAAGGAGAGAUACGACGUAGCAUGCCCAACCUUGCCAGAACGAGUCUUCGCUCUCUGGAACUGGUAAAGAGCAGUAGAAGUUUGGAAUCAAAUUUGCAGGUGCCAAAUAGCCGCUUGUCCAGGAUUCAGCAGCCAUCCACAGGAGCAACUUCAAGUAAACUACGUUGUUCUUCCAGCAGUGGACAGUCUCCAUUGUCAGUUCGACAGCCAAUAAAAGCAGUCGGGGACACCUGUUCUUUAGCAACCAAGCAGGCAGUAAAAGCUGCAACACAAGCUAGUCCAAUUAGUGGUGUCCGCAGGUUGCAGUCACCUGGUUCCAGCUCAGGGUCAUCAAGCAGCAUGUCUUCUGGACGAGUAGCUAGUGCUGGAAGCAAAGCUGCAUCUGUUCGUUCUCGCACAGCCCAAGGAGGUGCAUCUGGUUCUAAGAGUAAAUUAAUGCAGCCUUCAAAGAGGUCUCUGCCACUGUCCAAGACUUCCAGCACCACUGCCACAGAUGACUCCUGGAAGGAGGGCUGUUACUGAUGAAGGCCAAAGAACAUAGGGACUGUAGUUGCCUGAAGUGGCACCAUCCCAGCUGGCUGGGCAUGGGAACUUUUUUUUUAAAUAUACUCUCUUGCUCCUAAUAGUGCCACAGAGUCACUCAUCAGACUUUUAACAUGCCAGUAAAGAACCAUCCAACACACAGGGCUACUGAGUCUACAGAUUAGACAUUUUUUGCAUUCCAGUUUUUUACUAGUUUAUACAGUGACAUUGUAGUUGUCUUGCUGUUUGUUCCUUUCAGCUGUACAAAAAGAAAAUAAGGUGAAGUUGUUUUUAAAAGUUUGUCUUAACAUUUCUUUCAUUUUGUAACCGAUGCGCACACGUGCACCCACACACUGUGGAAUUCUUAAGCUAGUUGGUAUGUAGGUGUAAGCUCAGAUGUAAAAUAAUUUUCUAGAAAGUUGAAAUAAUGACCAAAUUCAAAAGUGAUUUUGUGUAAGGGAUGAGUUCUGUGAGAGCUUGAGGUGGUUAAGGCCACUACAGAAAUGGCAACAGCUUUUUUUUUCUGAUUCUAUUUAUUUUUACAUUGUCAGCAUUAAAUUGAGGCUGAUAACAUUCACAUUAAUUGGCACAUUCCUGGAAGCUUCAACUCUGUUCACUCAAUCUGGAAAUUAAAUUAAAAAAUGCCCGCUGUUUCACCUUGGAAAGAGUUGGGCUACAUGAAGAAUA